AUUAUAGAUCAUGUUAAGAUAUCGUACAUAUUGUUGGCAAGACUGAAAUGAUGAAAGGUGUGGCAAGUUUACGAUAAGGACUAUUUUUGGAUUUUCUAAACAAAAGAUUUAUUGGCGUAUGCCAAUAAUAUACAGUAAUAUUCAGUAAUUAACAACAAUAAACAAUCGAAAUGUCUGUUAAUAAACAAGAUUAUCAUCGUGCAUCAAACGCGGUAGUAUUUGGUGGAGUAAUUACAUAUAUUGCAGGAUUAUUGUUGGUUAUGGCAUUUACUAGUCCAUAUUGGAUUGAAUCUUAUGAAGAAACUUUCAGUAAUUUUAAACAUAUGGGACUUUGGGAAUAUUGUUUUGAACAAUUCAGAUAUCCAUAUUAUCAAUUUGAUAAACAAUUUGAUGGUUGUCAUCACAUAUUCUCAGAAGAAUAUUAUGUGAUCAGAGAGUGGUUAUUACCAGGAUGGUUAAUGAUUGUGCAAACAUUUGUCACGCUUGCUUUAUUAUUUUCAUUUUUUGCACAAGUUGUAAUUGCAUUGACUUUAGUUCGAUGGCCUUUGAAAUUUGUAUUGAAUUAUGAAUGGAUUCUUUCAGCUACUGCUUUCUCAUGUUGUGCUAUAGCAGGUACCGUAUUAUUUUUAGCAGUAUCAAUAUUUGGUGGGCAAUGUUGGCGCAGAGACUGGUUAAUGUAUCCAAAUUUUAAUCAUUUAUCAUGGUCAUAUGGUUUAGCAGUUAUUUCAUUCAUGUUUCAUUGGUUAGCUGCAUUUUUUUUGUAUUUAGACGCAAAGGCCGGAUAUAGAUUGCGCAAACAAUCUAAUAAUUUAGUGAUGCAAAUGCAGCCCAAUUUACAAAGUCAUCAAGGAUUGGCAAGAGGAGGAUAUAUAUAAUCUAUUGUUACAU